AUGUCGGUGGUUGCAGCGCUGGGUCCUCUUUUGGACUCGGCCUCCCCCAUUGAUGAACGUCCGCUGUCGCUAUUCCAAGGCAGCGUGAAUGGCGGCCACGGCAUUGUGACCACGGAGGCGAGCAGCGGUAGCUGGUCGCACGAGUCGGGCGACGAGUGGGGCAUGGCGGACGAGAGCGGCUGGCAUGGGUGCGCGGUGGCGGGUCGCGAGAUCCAGACGACGGUGGGUGCGGAGAGCCGCACGAUCGCGAUCUUGGCAGCGCCGAGAGCAGUGGCAGCCGGAACGGACGGCUGGGAGUGGCUGACGAAGAAGAUCUCGAAGCUGAAGGGUCGGCAGUGCGAGCUGGCCUUCGGGCUGGAGAAGAACGAGCGGUGGCGAACGAGUGAGGACGGGGAGUCGGAAAUUUGCGCGGUGAGGCGCAAGCGGGCGAAAGCUCUUGCUGAACGAAGUACGAGGGCGAAAGCUCUUGCUGGGGGCGACAGCUCCUUCUGGACGAGUGACGGACAGGUGGUGGUGGAGUGUCGACGGGCGCUCCGCUGCUACUGA